UUCGCAGCUCCGAGCCCGCCGAGGCCCAGGAUUGGGUGGAGCAGAUCCAGUUCCUCCUCAGGGACCUGAGUUCCCUGACCAUUCCCUGCGACGAGGAUGAGGAGGAGGAGGAGGAGGAAGAGCUCUCCAAGGACCGGGACAGCUCCGAUUCCAUGAACACUUCCCAAAAUUCCACCCUGAAUCCCGAGGAGCCGGAGCUGGAAGGCGAAGACAUCUACGAGGUGAUGCCAGAUGAGGAGCUGCCUCCGCCAUUCCCAGAGGAUGAGGAGGAUCUCGGGAGCGAGGAGGAAAAUUCCAACUGGGAUUAUUCCAAUUACUACCAGGGAUUGUGGGAUUGCCACGAUAAUCCUGACGAACUCUCCUUCCAACGGGGCGACCUCAUCCACAUCCUCAGCAAGGAGUACCCCGGGUACGGGUGGUGGGUCGGGGAGCUCGGCCGGGACAUCGGGAUCGUCCCAAAGGAAUUCCUGGCGCCCGCCUUCGACCUGGAGCCGUGA